UGUGGGUUGCAGUAGUCAUUUAGUAGUUAAUGUGUACCAUCACAAAGAUUUUACUGAGACGAUUAUGUCCUGGUAAGGCCAAAGUCUUAAGUUCGGACACGAUGUAACCAUCUUGACACUGCUUCUAAGACAACCAACCUUCACAUUCUGACACUGUGUGCGUACCUCUCAGCUGACUCUGGAUGGAAGAUGGCAGCAGAAAUAACGACUACUUCAAAGACCCAGACUAAAUCCACAAUUACCAAGAAGCAGUCUAAAGCCUUAGAGAGAACCAACAUUUCCAGCUCUGUGCCAUGGAAUAAACCAUCCCUCAGCGAAAUUAAGAUUAAGGAUUCAGAAAAAUCCUCAAACAGCUGUCAGCCGUGGAACAGAACCCCCUCAGCAAAGCGUGAUCUAAAGCCUGUGCAGACUCUGACAGAAUGCCUGGAACUUCUUCGGAAACUAUCAGAGGAAGUGAACAACAUCAGCCAGAUGAAGACUGGCAGGAUGAAGGCUGCACCAGAGGGGAGCACAAAAGAGCUAGAUAGCCUGGAGAGUGGAAGAAAGCUGAUCCUCCAUUGGGCCAAGGAGCUGGAACAAAUCACGGUAAAAACGAAAAACAAGUCGACAGAUGAGAGGGCAAGAAGAAGAGAUGAUCCAGGAGAGAAAGAGAAAAAAGAGCUGGAAAAACAUAAUGACAGGCUUCAAAAAUGGGCUGUGGAGCUGAAGAAUAUCAAAGAGGCUAAUGGUGUGUCUGAUGAGGAGCUGAAGAAGCUGCUGUAUCCCAAAGGACUGAAAGAAUCGAAAGUGACAGCGAUCCUUCCUUUUCUGGAGUUUGUGGCUUGGUCUUUGCUAUCACAGGACACUGAGGAGGCUGUAUCGAAGUUGUGGCUGCCAACCAAACAACAGGCCUGGAGGACAGGAAGUGGAAGCCCCAAAUACAUUCCUGACUCAGUGUGGCAGUGGAUUCACAGUGCUUCAGUGCCUGUUCAGUUGGAUGCCAUCUCCAAACACUCCUCGCUGGUGGUGUCACCAGACCGACUGCAGGUCCAGGAGGCAGUGCUCCCCACUGCUCCAUCAAACAGCAGCCAGCGCUUUGCUGAGUGGCCCUCUGUGCUGGGGGACAUCAUAAUCAGUGCAGGGAGGCACUACUGGGAGGUAGAGGUGUCCCCCAGUGGCAGCUGGAGAGUAGGAGUGAUGUCAGAGCUUGCUUCCACUAGACAGAAAUCCGUGACACCAAAAGAAGGAUAUUGGGUCCUGUGGAAAGGCCCCAGUUUGUGGGCCUGUACUGACAAGGCCAUUAGGCUGGAGAAGGUGGCUCUGCCCCGACACAUUGGGGUGUAUGUGGACGUCGAGGAGGGCCAGGUGUCUUUUUAUGAUGUAGAACGAAGGGUCCACAUCUACACCUUCUCCGAUACCUUCAGACACAGUCUCAUCCCUCUGUUUGGCUGUCUGGAUGGAGACACAGUCCUUAAAAUCAAACCAGCAGAGAUGUCUAGCAAACACUGAAGGAAUGAGUGUGUGGCUGAUGAACUGCUGAUGAAAGCAUCUUGUCUGAAAUCAGAUCCUCCUUUAAGAUUAUGGUAUUUUGGGGAAAAAUAUCCUAUAAAUUACAUGAACAAGAUCAGACACACUGAUCAACAUAUACAAUUAUGGAUUACUUUUAAAAAAUAAUUGGGAGGUCCAAAUUGCUUAGUAAGAACUGUAACACUGAAGAGCCCCAGCAAGAAUAUCUCUGAGUCAGAUAUCAAAGACAUAACCAACAUUAUUAUGUUUUGAAGCAACACACAAGUGGUUUUACUAGUAGUAGCUGAUACACCCCUGCAAAUGUUAACACAAGAAAUUUUAAAAACAGCCGCAGCUGUGUUGCAGUUUCUGCUGUUUUGGUAAAGAGCUUGUGCUAUUUAUUUCUUCUUUUAUCACCACAAAGGUCUUUUGUUUGAUUUGUUAGUAGGAUCUCAUUGUGUCGUCAUACAGCACAUUUAAAACAGCAAAUGAGUCAAAAUGCUUUCCAGUGGAGAAAUAAGUAUGUUAAGAAUUUACCUAACAAGUUUAAAUAAUGAGUCCACGGUAUUAUUAAUUAAAGUUCCUGACUAAUUCAAAUAUUAAGUUAAAUAUGUUGUAUAUAAAACAAACUAAAGUGACCGACUUAAUGGCUCAGACUGAGAGCCGAAAAUAUUAUACACAGAAAACCCACCAAAUCAAAGAUCCUCCAUGAGACUAGCUUCAAUUAACUUUAUUGUCAUUACACAGAGUCCAAGUAUAAAGACAUGCAGUUGAACACAUAGCUGUAAGUGCAAAAGAAACAAACAGUACUAAAUGCUGUGAUCACAUGAUGUAUACAAAUGGAAUAAGCUGUAGAUGACAAUGUAAAAAUAAAUGAACACUGUAAGAUA